CUGCCGGUCACGGCCGGUUAGUGUAACGAUGACUACCUCGUGACAAACCGCUGAUCGAUGACGAAACGAAUUUAUCAGAUAUCGCCUACUUAUGUCAUGUGAUUUUGUUGUGUGUCGCUCUGCAGGGGAUACACAUAAUACGAAAAAAACGUUCUGACGUACGAUGGAUAUGUCAGACUACCGGUUUUCUUUUCUUAUAGGAUACUUGAAUUGUUUGAUUCUUUGCACCAGUUCGACGAUCAUUGAUGAGAACACAACAGAGAUCGAUAUCGCGCCUAGAAUCUUAUCGCGGCCUAAGAGGUACUUGAUUUUUCCACAGGGUAGUAACUUUCAGUUAGUGUAUUGUCUGACUAUCGGAGCGUACGGCCGAGAUGGUGAUUUGGUGCUGGGACUGACAGCUGCCUUAGCCUGGGAACUUCCGAAUAAGGUCGACUCAAAGAUAUCGAAUUUGCUUCACCGUAGAAGCCGUAGCGUCGUAUAUCCGAAAAUGGAGGCUUUUCUACAAUCCACCGGCCUUGACGGUAGAUCCUGCGUGAUGAGAGCACUCUGCGAAGCGAGCCAACGAGAUCCCUCUCAAGUAGGUACAGGCUCCUUCGUUCAAGAACUUCUUCAUGCAAUUUUCACAUUACCUAUAGACGGCGGCAGAUUCGAACGUUCGGAAGACCGCGCUUACGAUCACGCUUACGAAACGAGCGGAAACUGCAAGAUGCUAUAUCCCAAGUGUCCGUAUUCCAUUUAUGACAUGGAAUUUUGAAAUUAUAUUGACUUUGCGACCGAUUUUGCUUCGGAAACCGUGCCACAAACUGUAGUUUGCAUACACAUUGGCCGACAUGACGAUCGCACAUCUGAUGGUGACCGACUUGUCGUCGAAACCUUGGUGAAGUUUUUCUGGCGACUGGACAAUUUUUCCUGACAUUUGCCCUGGCUACGUGUGUGUUAUUCCGAAUAUCGGUCUUCGAUUACUGAUAAAACGCGUGGACCUAUCGCAUAGUUGGUUUUAUUGUCAUUUCAAACUUUUCAAAUAUCGCCGAGACUAGAGAGCAAUUUUACCGUUUGUUUUUUUUCUUUUUUUUUUUCUUCAAAACGUCAUUUUCGAGAGAGAAGAUAUAUUUGCAUUAAAAUAGAGAUGAGUUUACGCAACCCGUUAAUCGAGUAAAAUCUAAUUACGUAAUGUUAAAUAUUCAUACAUUAUAUUUUAAUUCAACAUAUACUAAUUAAGUAUAUGUUAAUAUCAUUAUCUUGCCACGAGCCGCCCUACAUUGGUUGCUAUAUGUAUUAACAUGUAGCAUAUAAUAUAUGUGCAUAUAAAGCUAAUAAUUUAAUGAAUGGGUGACAAUCCGUUUGCGCGUCUUCUUUUUUUAAAUUUCUGAUAAUAUUUUAUCGCGAACGUUGUAUUUGCUUGAUCAAUCGAAUAUGUGAAUAUUUCGAGAUUUACACAAUUUUUAACGAUAAUAUAGCAUUUUCGCAUUUUUUAUGAGCGUGUGUGUUGAUGGAUCACGACGACAAACGAUUAUUCAACAUCAAUGACUAUUGCGGGGUUAAAUUCAGAAAGUUUCACGCGAGACUCUCGCGCUAUGAAUAUUCUAUAUCGGUCAUUACAUUACUUCCGCAACGUGUAAUUCAUUUUGGCACGGUUUCGAAUAAUUUCACGACGUUUUGCAUUAAUAAAACGGUCGCUCGGCUCUCGUCGAUUUAUGGUUCAUUUCUGUAGAGUGCUCCGAUGGAACGCUCCGAAUCUCGCGGUUAAUUUUCCUUUUUUUUCUUUUUCCUUUUUUAAUACGAAUAAAAUAUGCCAAAUACAUCUCCAUGUUAUUAUAACAAACGUCUAAUCGAUAUUCAAUCGCAGAAGCUGCUCGGCAAACAUCUUUGCAUUUAAAUAUGUCAGUAUUUAAUCUGUCGCGAGCGACAGAAGAGCCAGUCGCGAAUAUAAAUAAUAUCACAUUUGUUUGAUAAUUCUUUUUAUUGUACAUAGUAAUUGCACGCUCAUUUAUUAACAACAAAAUUUUAUCCGCGAUGUAAUACAUAUUUUAAGCAACUGAAAAAUUAUUGUUAUCGUCAUAAAAAUUGCAGGCUGGAUAUUUUCCGCUUCGAUGUAAAAUUUCGUUCUUCUACUCGGUAUUCCGACAUUAUUAUUAUUAUUACAUUCACGCGCGUAUUCCGCUUUUGUUGCGUCGCGCUAAAUAUAAUUUUGCGAUGCAUGUAAUAUUUGGCUUAAAUUAGAUUACUGGCACGAGUCUGAUUCGAUAAUAUGUACCGUGCGCCCGGUUUAGUCGUGUCCUAGUUAUUUUAACCGGAAAUUUAUUCCAAUGAUAAUCAAAUUAUUGCAGGAUCGUUUACCGCGCAACUUAAAAACGCAGGAGGAUCGCUGAUAUAAUUUUGUGUCCGAAAUCCAUAAUAUAUAUGUAAUCUGCGGAAAUAUGAAAUAAUUGUUAUGUGAGUAAAUUGUACGAGGUUAUUCUGACGAAUUAACGACUUUCUGAAGUAAUAAAUUAUUGUAUUUAUAAA